ACAAACUGCGGCUCUUGCGGGGCGUUUUGGGAUUGUUUUUCAGCGAAAUAUUCACAGAAAAAUGGAUUCCGAAGACGCGGCGCAGACGAUUUACGACUCGGCGUCGUCACUGGUCGAAGGCUGCCGGUUGCCGGUGCGGAUGAGCGGAACGAACGAUUGGCCACUAGCGGAAAUAAUAAGCAUACGGGAGGGCUCGGACAAGAAAUGCUAUUACUACGUACAUUAUGUAGACUUUAACAAACGGUUAGACGAGUGGGUGACGGAAGAGUAUCUCGAUAUGCGGAAGGUGCAGUUCCCGCGCAAAGAUGGCAUGACGACCGGACAGAAUACGGGCGUCACGACACCGAAACGAUUACCACCCGCCCUCAGUCUGUCCCGUCCGCCCAGCCCGGUGCAAACGCCCGAGAUCGUGAACGUGAACGGUGGCGCGGUGCUCGAGGCUGCGCUGCAGAAAAAGAUUAGCCGCAAGCGGAAGGCGGUUUCCACCGAAAACGAGGACUCCGAGGACGUACCGUUGACGCCGACGCCCCGCCAAUCGGGCAGUAUGGUGGCGCACCACGACGACGUGGUGACACGCAUGAAGAACGUGCAGCUGAUCGAGCUCGGGAGGCACCGGAUCAAACCGUGGUACUUCGCACCGUACCCGCAGGAGAUGUGCACGAUGUCGUGCAUCUACAUCUGCGAGUUCUGCCUCAAGUACCGAAAGAGCCGCAAGUGUUUGGAGCGCCACACGAAAAAGUGCAACCUGCGGCACCCGCCCGGCAACGAGAUCUACCGGAAGGCCACGAUCAGCUUCUUCGAGAUCGACGGGCGGAAGAACAAAAGUUACGCCCAAAACCUCUGCCUGCUCGCGAAGCUGUUCCUCGACCACAAAACGCUCUACUACGACACGGACCCGUUUCUGUUCUACGUGAUGACGGAGUACGACGCGAGCGGGUUCCACAUCGUCGGGUACUUUUCGAAGGAAAAGGAAAGCACCGAAGACUACAACGUGGCGUGUAUACUGACGAUUCCACCGUACCAGCGCAAGGGCUACGGAAAGCUACUGAUAGAAUUUAGUUACGAAUUAUCGAAAUUCGAGGGUAAAACGGGUUCACCGGAGAAGCCACUGUCCGACUUAGGGUUACUGUCGUACCGCAGCUACUGGGCGCAGACGAUACUAGAAAUACUAAUUCUCCAGAAACCGACCGGAGACAACGAAAAGCCACAAAUCACGAUAAAUGAGAUCUGUGAGCUCACCAGUAUAAAGAAGGAGGACGUCAUCUCGACGCUGCAGAUACUGAAUCUAAUCAACUACUACAAGGGCCAGUACAUCAUCUGCAUCAACAAGGAGACGAUCGAUCAGCAUAAGAAGGCCAUGGACAAGCGGAAGAUUCGCAUCGACUCCAAGUGUCUCCACUGGACACCGAAGGACUGGUCGAAACGAUCGAAGUGGUAAU